CGGGGCCAUUAUCCUGUGCCGCGGGGGCGGCGAUGUCAGUGCUCACGACUCUGUAGAGUAUGAGAGUAUCAAUCUAUAAAGCGUAAUGGAUGGUGAUGCAGGUUUAGUUGGGUAUUUGGUCGAUAGGCUUGCGACGAAGCUUCCGCAUCGUGUUGGCGUCAAUGGCGCUAGGCUGGAUGAUGAUGAGGUUCUCCAUACUACUAGAACAACGCUGAUCAAAUUGAGUCAGACGACGGUCAAUGUGGUCCUAGAGUCACUGCUGGAUCUUCUUGAGGAAGUCUCGCGCCCUUACAGCGGUGGCCUUGGUCGUCAUCCUGUACAUGUCGUUCAGUCUGAGUCUUAUAUCGUCGAACUUGCCGCAGCUUGCUGCUCCGCACGAUGGGCAGCUGUCAAUGCUACGGAGCCUGAACCUCACGAGGAAGAGCAACUCAAAGACUCGCUUACAAAACGAGUGUUCGAUAUAUUCAAAACCUUUCUCGACCCAAAUCCAGAUGACGAAUCUCUGCCUGCAAGGACACUGUUGGACAACACCGCCGGCCUAGACGCAAAUCUGAUGAGUGCUCGAGUCUCUGCCGAUAACAGUCGUGACAGCAUCGAUGGGUUUCAUUCUGUUCAAGCGCUAGCCGCAACUAUUGAGAAGCAUGUUAAGACAUUGAUAGAGUUCGUUACGGCGUUCAGCUGGGGCCCUUCGUUUUCAUAUCUGAGAACUGUUAUUCACAGCAUCCGGACGACCAUCACGGUGGAAUCAAGUUCAGAUGCCUCCAAAGCUUUGAAUGCUUCAGAAAAAGGAUCCCUAGUUGUUCUUCGGCUUUUAUCGUACUGUUGGGUUGAUAGCGCCAAGCUUGGACUGUUGAUCCAAGAGAUAUGCUCCAGCUAUCUGCAUUUCCGACGACCGUACCAAAACACUGUUGCAGUAUCUAUACCGCUACUGAUUACUAGAUGGAUAGAUCGCUACCCAGACGAAUUCGUUCAGCUCCACCGACUUCAUAAAAGGUUGGAUGGUGGCUCUGAUACGCUCUUCGACAUGACCCAGACAGCAGCAGAUAACGGACGGAGAAGGACACCACUUUACCCGCUCCAGAUCACGCUGCUCUUUCUGAUGCCAGAUGUUUUUGAAGUUGCCAGCAACUUGCGUGAAGCCAAGGGCACAAGCAUUAUCAAGAAAGUCGCCUUUUUGGAUACACUACGUAAAGCACUCAGGAACGGCAAUGAACAAGCUGGCUAUUGCCUGGUAUCGCUAUUACGUGUGGCACGCCAUUUUGAUGUUGAAAGUGACUCUGCACUCGUCAGUUUUGCCAUGGAUGUCCAUGACGAAGUUCGCGAUGCUAUCUUCCGACCGUCCCCUGGCACGCAGCGAAUAUUUGACCAAGACAUGGUUACUGCCGGCCUCAUUAGCUUGGCACAUCUGAAUCUUGAAGUGUGUCUUGAUUCUCUUGUUGGGUAUUGUACUUCAGACGAUGCUCCUGAAAGCUUCCGUAUUGCAUUGGUAGAAGCUUGCUGCUACUUCUCAAGUUUGCGAACGGCGUCAAAGUACAAGCCGUUGUUCCACCAAGCCUUGCCUUUUAUGAAAGCUCAUAUGAAGUCCGUAACCGAAACCUCAUCUGAUAGUACCGCCCAUGAUGUAAACGCUGAGUUGACUUGCCAAAUUCUUCGGUUCCUUGGGUCAUCGCUUUCUUGCUUCAGUGAUGACGACGCUCCGUUUCUCGAACCGGAUGGCUAUUUUUUGGAUGCAGUCUUGCUCUGCGUUCUAUUUCCUAUGCUCUCUAUUAGGAAGAACGCGCUUGAUGUGACCGAAAGACUCUUUUCUACAUACACACAAACACAACUAUUUACGAGCGAGCGAACGGCUCAACCUUCAGUGCGGCAACAACUACGUUAUGAUGUAUGGGUUCGGAGCUCUACUUUCAUCAUACAUCUCUGUAAGGAACCGCAAUCGGUUUUGGAGACUCAUUUCAUUACAUCACUGCACUCCUAUAUGAAAAAUCGUAUUCUCUUAUUGAAAAAAGUCCCACUCUUAGGAACCUUGCCCCCCAACGUACCCAUUGUGGCAGAGGCAGUGACUGUACUGGAGAAAUCCCUAUUAGUGGCACUCUGUUCUGCAAAUAUAGACACCUGUCAACUAGUGGCCGCUUCUAUCGGCUUGCUCCUUGAAGAGCGUCAAUUGGUGAACGACUCGUCCGAUAAUCCCAAGGCAUAUGCAUCGCUUCAACGAAAUCUAACUGUAUUGGGCGAGAUAUCAUCCCCAAGCUACCGCAUUACUGGACUAGUGGCAUUUCAGAAACGCAUACGAGUCCUUUUUCGAAAGUUGGCUUGUCCAACUCCAGGCAUUCUCCAGGCCUGGGAAACUGCUUUUGAGAAGUGGAUUUAUUUAGCAAAGGAUCUCUCUACGAUGUCAACUGAUCUGAUUGAAGAAACAAUGAUGUCGGAAUGGCGCAAUCUCUCAGGCUUCUUAGCCUCCAUUGGCGGGAUAUGCGUCUCGAGCCAAUCGGCUGGCCAGGAUGAUUCGCCGCCCACUGAUUUGAAGUGGAUUGACCUUCCACAGGCUGACAAUGCUGGAGAGGCACUCUUGCAUAGAUACCUUCGGUUAAGCGUCCAACUAUUAGCGUGUAGCAGCAUCAGAGUUCGAGAAGCGACGCGUGACAUCCUCUCUCAUGAGAUGGCACUGCAGAUCAACCCACUGCUACUGAAGGCUGUUGAAUCCGAAGUUGAGGUGCUCCUUACUGGGGCUUUGGGUCAUCCUGACAAGGCUCAAGACAGUGAAGUAAUAUUUGCUGAACAAACUGCUUCGUUGCUUAAAGAUAUGGUAGAAAGCAUCGGCAACCCACAACAUUCUGCCAGUGCAUCAACUGUGCACCUCGGUGUGCUCUCGCUCAACUUUGCCAAAUUUGUGGAAGGUAUUCCUGAUACGACUACCUCUCUGAGAGUCAAAAUACGUAUAUGUCAGCUAGUGGAGGCUGUGAUUCGACGUAAAGAACAUUUGAAUCUACGUGACGAUGUCCGCAUCCGAAACCAGCUGCUAGAAUUCAUCUUUUCGUGGAUCGACCGACCUGGUACUCCAUUGCCAGAGCAUGCGGCCUUACGUCUAGACGAAUCAUGGCGGAUGCAGAAGGAUUUAGAUCGAGCAUGUCUGAAAGCGUUGGCUGAUCUUACAAUGCGCCUCCCUCUGCAGCCAGCUGAUAGCCAAACAGAUGCAAGUAUGAGCGAGAUGAAGUCACAAAUGUUUCAAACAUACUUCAAUCGUUUCCUUUCUCUUCUUAACCAGGAGUCUCUUCAGGUUGCCGCAAAGGAGCUGCAGAAAGCGGGCGGCACCCGUGAUGAAGGGUCCUCAAAUGCUGAUUUGGCCAUAUCAAUUCUGUCGAAUCUACUAAGCGCAAAUAUUGAUGUUGGUCUCAAGCAUUCUCUAAAUAUUGGUUACCACGAGAGUAUUGCGAUCAGGACAGCCUUUAUCCGCGUAUUAUACAACAUCCUGUCUCAAGGCACUGAGUUUAGCAAUCUCUCCGAUUCUGCUGUGACAGAAAAGUAUGAUGAGCUUCUCAACAUACUCACCAAAGAUAUGUCGUUGGCGGUGGCGAUGAGCACCGUUUGCCCGGGAGCAGAGAUUGAUGAACUCGCAGUCUGCUUGCUUACUGUUUUCGAACAAAGGGGCCAGAUAUUUGAUCUCUUCGAGGCUCUCAUCAGGGAAGAGGUAAACCAGACUGAAAAUGAGACGGAAUUGCUUCGUCGCACGUCUGUUGCCACCAAGAUGUUGUCUCUCUACGCCAAAUGGAAAGGCUACUCAUAUCUACACGGCACGCUGCAUAAGGUGCUGGACAGGCUGCUGCUCACGUCUCAGGAUCUAGACUUGGAACUGGACCCAACACGAGUAGGAAGUCCCGAAGAACUGCGCAAAAAUGCGUUGCAGCUUCAAGUGGUGUCCAAGGUUUUUAUGGAUGACAUCUGUGCUUCUGCAGCCAACAUACCUCCGUCUUUCAGGAAGAUAUGUAGCAUUAUACAUGAAGCAGUGCUUCCACGGUUCCCAAAUGCGAAAUAUACCGCCGUCGGAGCGUUCAUCUUCCUUCGCUUCUUUUGCCCUGCGAUUGUCGCCCCAGAGGCAGAAGGACUUGUUCCCUCGCCGCCGUCAAAGGAAAUGCGCCGCGGCUUGCUCUUGAUUGCCAAGAUCAUUCAGAACCUUGCCAACAAUGUCUUGUUUGGUACUAAGGAGCCCUACAUGUUUCCGCUCAAUCAAUUUCUGGUGAAGAACAUUUCUGUUGUGGUUUCAUUCCUUCACGAAAUCUCUAUUCCACCCGAUGAUCUCCAAUUGGUACCAUCAAAGGAGACGUUCGAUUUUGGAUCGUGCGUAUCUUUCCAUAGAUUCUUAUAUGACCACUGGGACCAUCUGCGACAAACUCUGACGGCGAGAGAGAGAAGAGAGUACGUGAGGUCUCCUGAUUCCAUGGCUCGAAGCCGAUCACCAAUCUUGGAACCGCUACGAAGUUUGGUUGCGAAUUUAGGUCCUUCGCCACUGGCCAUAUCUUGGAAUCGUCCACAGAUAUCUAUAAAUGGGCCGCCUCUCUAUGCAAGAUUUCAGAAUUUCAUGCUACGGAAUGCCUUCAAGAGUACGGAGUCAUUCCUUGCAUCCCAGGCAGUCUACGAUGGUGGCGAGACAAAGGACGGUCUUUCGAUUCUCAAUAUUAUUCUACGCCACAUCGAAAACGAGGGAAUCGAUUAUGAAACCCUUCUAUACUGUUACUUGAAAAUUGCCAGCAGACUCUGGCAUGAGCCGUUUGUGGUAUUCGUGGAUGCAACAUGCUACACAGGGAAGAACGAGCCCCGAGAUGACUUCUUCAAAAUGUUGGACAUGCUGGCCCCCGUAGAAAUGUCACAAAAUCUUUGUCGCAUUUACAUUUACAAUAUGAACAGCGCUUUCAAACGGUGCUUCCGCCGACUACUGCGAAUUUCAACCAAAAAUGAGUAUAGCGUCUUUCACCCAAGCAAUGUGGAAUAUCAUUUGCCUAGCAAUCUGGACGACUUACAGAUAUAUUUCAACCUCAGCCACAUGCUACUGCCCAAGGAUACCAUAAGUGUUAUGUCAGAUGGGCGUUUCAUGUUCCACCCUAUAACAAGACUAUCUAAAUCCAAGGGGAGGGUGGAAGUGAGCGUCAAAGUGGGCAGCCAAUUCCUUCAGGUGACUACCCUGAAGAAACAAGAAAUUCUCUCGGGCCUACGGCUCAGCGCUGUCAUCAACGACGUGUUUAGAUUAUCAGAUGUAGAAGAGGCAGCAACCACGAUGCAAGCCGAUGAUGAGGCUUCAUUUGGGAUUCGGGCUGAUGGCGGUAAAAUUGUCAUGUGUUUUACGAGCGCUAAGAAGGCUGAAGUAUUACAUGCCAUUCGAAACGCAAAAGGCAAACAGGGCAAAGAUGGCAGAACGCACAAACAUCUUGAGCGACUUAUUCGGCCUCAGGAUGUACCUGGCACGCUUUUGAACCUCGCAUUUGCGAACUUAUUAAGCGUUGACCGUGGCUUGCGAGUCGCUUCGUACAACUUACUCGGUGCCCUGGGGCGUGCAUUUCAGUUUGAUACUGAAACACGUCUAGUUUGUACUAAAGGUAAGAAAUCCAGACUUCAUCGGUGUGGCUAGUCGCUAACAACUUAUAGAUAUCAGUGUCCCCAUGGACCCCAGUCGGUUCAUCAUCAACAUUAGUACACAACUUGCACACUCGGAGCCGCAGCUUACAUCUGACUUUUUGACUGAAUUCUUUGUGAGUUGGGAGACGUUUCCGGACGAGCAAAAAGCUCUCAGUCUCGCAUACAUGGCACCAUGGUUGUCUGGACUGCGCACAAACGUGCUCGUCAAUGAGGCAGACGGAGAAAAGGGCCGGGAUAAAGUGGCCGCCAUCUUUCACAAGUUUAUCGAUCUAAUUGCGUUGGAUCAGACACUCUCAUAUGCGCUAGAGCAGUCAGUAUGGCCGCUGAUUGUUCAAGAUGAAGUUCUGUUGGAGAUAUUCCUCGAGGAACUUGUCAAGGCUGCUCUCAGCUUCGGCAUGCAAGGCGAGGUUAUAGAAACGAUCGCUUCUGUGAUUGCAAAUAUCUCGUCAGUAACAGCACGAGCACGGUCACUAGCCCGCCUACGAAAGGCUCUUAACAGGUCGUCCCUACGCCCGACGAGGCACUUACCAGACAAUGCGGUGUGGUCUGAGAUUUGCUCCAUGCUACACAUAUGCGUGGCGCUGUCAUUUGACAGCAGCGUACAAUCGCAGCUCUUUCUACCUGAAAUUUUCCACGUGGUCACAAUGCUUGGAAACAUUGGUACUCGCCAAGUUCGAUCCAUGGUUCAUAUGCUCCUCACAAACACAGUUCACGCCAUCUGUGCAUCUUUUACCCUAGACGAGCCACGCUUGGCUAAAGUAAGGGCCUGUUUGGAACAGCUCGCAGAACCAAAGGGAAGUUUCUUCGCGUCUAAUUCCCGGUUUUCACGCGAAGGCAACCAACCCGUUCAGCCAAACGAAUCUGGUUCCAAUUUGGCAGCCACAGAAAAUCUCGUGGCCAUUCUAUAUGACAUUUGCAACAUCGCGGCUGUAUCCACCGACAUGGCCAACGCGUGGCGAUCUCGCUGGAUGAGCCUAGUUGCGAGCACGGCGUUCCAAAAUAACCCAGCUAUCCAACCGAGAGCUUUUGCCGUCAUGGGCUAUCUGGCGAGGCAGGAAGUGGAUGACGAUCUUCUCUAUCAGGUAUUGGUAGCGCUCCGCAAUAGCGUGACUCAAUUUGGUGAAGAUGGCGAUAGCGAGAUGCUCAUAUCCAUCAUUACGUGCCUGUCGCGAAUGAUGGCAAAUCUGCCUUCAGCAUCUCGCUACGGACUGCAGCUAUUCUGGCUGGCCAUGUCACUAGUAAGGCUAGUUCCGGCCAGUCUAUUCAACUGCACCGCGCAGUUCCUCGAGGCUAUUCUUGGAAAUAUUGGCGGAGCCGGGAACGCGCGAGGCGAUGGUAUGGUUACACUGCUUCUCCAGAGCAGAGGGCAACUUGACGACGCAGCCCAGAUGUUGGAUGAUGCCUACGGCAUUCACUUUGACGAAGAAAACUUUCAUUUUGCAGUCUGCGCAUGCCUGGUACGAGGCCUAACAAAUUCGGCGACAAGACAUGCCGCCAUCCGCGUGCUAUGCUCAUUCCUGGAGCUCAGUUCGGCUCAAGAAGGCCUCAAUGUGCGGUCAUCUGAAGUAUUGAUGGCGUCCCCAUACCUUGCCCUCGGGUUGGCUCGCUGCGCCGACUUUGAAGAUUUGCGAGAAGGUAUUUGGUCGGCAGGCAUGGACCCAGACGAGAUUAAGACGAUGCUUGGUGUGUUUGGCCGACCAGAAAUCCAGGCAAUGGAGGAUAAGCACUUGCUUCUCGUAUCGACCAUUGAGCUGGUUGAUUUCCAGUAUUUGGAAGAUACUGCCCAAUCAAGAAGUCUUCUUUGGCUGAAUGAGCUGGCCAAGUCUCGGCCGUCUGUGUUUCUCCAUUUGUGUGGAGUGAUGCCGUCUAUUCUAAACGACGUGCUAAUCCACGGGCAAGACUCCGUUGCGCUAGAAGCGGCACAUACUUUAGUGGCAACCUUGACAUCGGAGCAGCGAUAUUCGAAGGCGAUGGGCUCGAUGAAGCAGCUUACAAACGAGCUGGAAGAGCUGGGCUUUUCUGGGCUAUGGACAUCCUCCUUCCACCGGCCAUUGCAAAACAAGAGCGCUUGUUUUGAGAUGACAGAAAAGCUGAUAGAACUUAUCGUCAUUUAACGUGGGAAAACUGAGUUGUCUUCGGGGCAAACAAUCGAAACGUGGUGCUAUGCAUCAAGCUUAGACAUGGGUUGGAAAUAAGUUGGAGCGGAAUAUGAGCGAUUUCUUUUGUUUCAUUUUAUUAACAUAGCGAGCGAGAAUAAAUAUAUAUAUAUAUAGUGUAGAUUUUGUUGUUCAUUUUAACCUCGCCCUG